GAUUCUUUUGCACAGCAGAUAGUUUGACAAUUUUCACACUCUCAAUUCAGCAAGUUCAUCACGAUGAUAUGAUAUACUAUCAAUACCCAGUAUUCUAGAACCCUAGAAAUUGAUUUCUAGAAUUCAAAACCUGCAACCGUUCAUGGUUUCCACAAUGGGAACCAACGAAAUUUUGACAUCAUCCAAAUUUUUCCGUCCAAAACCCUCAAUUUUCCUUCCAAAAUCCCUUGUUAAUAUACGAAGGUUUAAUCCCACAUCACUUCCUCUCUAUUCUCCACCGACUCGAUUGAAGCUCAUCUAUACCCAUAGAGGAAGACCCUCAUUUGUUAAUCCGUCUUGUGCACUUUUCCGGAAAUCAAAUUCGAAGGUUAGUUCUGAAACUGAUACAAAUGCCACAGAAGAUGAUUUUGUCACUAGGGUUUUGAAAGAAAACCCUAGUCAAGUCGAACCCAGGUACUUAAUUGGUGAUAAAUUCUACACUAUUAGUGAAAAAGAGGAAUUGAAAAGAAAUAGGAAUUCUGGGUUAUUGGAAAUUCUUAGAAAUUGGCCAUUGAAAAAGAUGCUAAAGAAGGAAGAUGAAGAUAAUAAGACUGUGACUGGAGAUGAGUCGGAUACUGUUUGUUUGAAAGACCUUUUGAGGGAGCAUAAAGGUAAGCUUUACGUUCCUGAACAAGUUUUCGCGAAGAAUUUGCCUGAAGAGGAGGAAUUCGAUAGGGAGUUUGAGAAUUUGCCAAGGUUUAGUUAUGAGGAUUUCCUGAAAUAUAUGAAAUCUGAGAAGGUUAAGUUGAUCACUUUUAAGGAGGACAAAGGUCUCACUAAUGGGGCCAGGAAUUUUAUAGUUGAAUUGAAGUCGAUACCUGGUGACAAGAGCUUGCAGAGAACAAAAUGGGCAAUGAGACUAGAUGAGGGUCAAGCACAGGCUCUUCUCGAGGAGUAUUCAGGACCACGGUAUGAAGUCGAGAGAAAAAUGAUGACUUGGGUUGGGAGAUUACCAGAAUAUCCUCAUCCUGUGGCCAUGCAAAUAUCAACAAGAAUAAUGGUAGAGCUUGGGGUUCUAACUGCUGUAAUGGUUGCGGCAACCAUUGUUGUGGGAGGAUUUCUUGCAUCAGCUGUUUUUGCCGCAACCAGUUUUGUUUUUGCAGUGGCUUUAUAUAUUGUCUGGCCCAUUGCUAAACCUUUCCUUAGGCUUUUUCUUGGCCUUGCACUCGGUAUUCUAGAAACGGUGUGGGAAAGUAUGAUCGAAUGGUUCACGGAUGGAUGGUUUUUUUCCAAGUUGAAUGAGCUCUACACUCUUGGUGGUAUAUCUUCCGGUCUUGAAAUGCUAAAACCAAUCUUGCUCGUGUUUUUUGCUAUGGUCCUUCUCAUCCGAUUUACACUUUCCAGAAGACCUAAGAAUUUCAGAAAAUGGGAUAUAUGGCAAGGCAUUGAAUUUUCUCAAUCGAAGCCUCAAGCCCGUAUUGAUGGUUCAACUGGAGUUACAUUUAAUGAUGUGGCAGGUAUUGAUGAAGCAGUUGAAGAACUUCAAGAGCUAGUAAGAUAUUUGAAGAAUCCAGAUCUCUUUGAUAAGAUGGGAAUCAAGGCUCCACAUGGUGUUCUCCUGGAGGGUCCACCUGGUUGCGGCAAGACCUUGGUGGCAAAGGCCAUAGCUGGUGAAGCUGGCGUUCCCUUUUAUCAGAUGGCUGGAUCUGAAUUUGUUGAAGUUUUGGUUGGUGUUGGUUCUGCUCGUAUUAGGGAUUUGUUCAAGAGGGCCAAGGUAAACAAACCAUCGGUUAUUUUUAUUGACGAGAUCGAUGCAUUGGCUACAAAGCGGCAAGGAACAUUCAGUGAUUCCAGCGAUGAGAUGUACAAUGCUGCGACACAAGAACGAGAGACAACGUUGAACCAGCUGCUGACGGAGCUUGAUGGAUUUGACACAGGCAAAGGCGUAAUAUUUUUGGGUGCUACAAACCGAAGGGACUUAUUAGAUCCUGCACUUCUUCGGCCAGGUCGUUUUGACCGUAAGAUAAGAAUUCUUCCUCCAAGUGCAAAAGGGAGACUGGAUGUUUUGAAAGUUCAUGCCCGAAGUGUAAAGAUGUCAAAUUGUGAUUUAUCUACUUAUGCUAAAAACUUGCCGGGUUGGUCAGGAGCAAAAUUGGCUCAACUUUUGCAAGAGGCUGCUCUAGUGGCUGUGAGGAAAGGACAUAAUGCCAUUCUUCAAUCAGAUAUGGAUGAUGCUGUUGACCGUCUUACAGUGGGACCCAGAAAAGUAGGAAUUGAGCUAGGACAUCAGGGACAAUGUCGUAGAGCCCACAACCGAAGUGGGAACUGCGUUGAUCGCUCACUUGUUAGGCAAUUGGAGAAUGCUAAAGUUGAAAGCUGUGACCGUAUCUCAAUUAACCCUCGUGGCCAGACGCUAUCCCAAGUUGUUUUCAACAGACUAGAUGAUGAAGCUUAUUUGUUUGAGCGAAGGCCACAAUUGCUUCAACAUUUGAAGAUAUUACUUGGUGGAAGAGCGGCUGAAGAAGUAAUUGGACGUGAUACAUCAAGAGCAUCGGUUGACUACCUUGCAGAUGCUUCCUGGCUCGCACGUAAAAUUAUCUCAAUAUGGAAUUUGGAGAAUCCGAUGGUGAUACAUGGAGAACCGCCACCAUGGAGGAAGGGUAAUAAGUUUGUGGGCCCCAGGCUAGACUUUGAAGGAUCGUUAUAUGAUGACUACGAUCUGAUCGAGCCUGCCCUUAAUUUUGAAUUGGACGAUGAUAUUGCAAAGAGGACCGAAGAAUUACUUUGCAACUCUUGAGAAACCCUUAACUUGCUGAGAAAGCACCAUGCAGCUUUGCUUAAGAGUGUCAAGGUUCUUCUGAGCCAAACAGAGAUCUGUGGAGAAGAAAUAGACUACAUUUUAAACAAGUACCCGCCAUUUACCCCCACGAACCUUAUACUAGAGGAAGAUCCGGGAGGCCUUCCAUUCUUCGUGAGGGAACAAGAACAAAACCAGGAAUUGGAGCCAAGUUUGUCUUCAUAA